AGUAAGUCUAAUUAAAUUAAAAGAUGGAAUUUGUUCGAAUGAAUAUUAUUGUUCUUAGUUAGUAUCGUAGAACAUGUGCUUAGUAAAUGUAAACUUUUUUUCAGUGCUUCGAUGAGAAGAAAAAAAUCUGAGUAUGGUACUCAACAGACCCUUGAUUUAAACGAUGAAUCUAGUUUCCAUAACUCUAUGGAAAAUACUCAAUGUACACUUUUGGAAACUAUAGCCCCAAGCGUCCAAAUUUCUCCUACACUACCUGUCACUAAUAAUGAGAAUCUUUGGAUGGACAAUGACGAUACUUUCUGCAUUGAAGUAGUAAACUACAACACUGAUGAAAGUGAGACCUGUAGGCGAAUUAUAGAUGUCAAUUAUUUUUUACGUCAACUGCAAAUGAAAGCAAGGCAUAAUGAGUUGUUUGACUGCAAAGAAGGCUAUUUUAAAAUUAUAGGAGAAAGAAGAAAUGGGCUUAUGUCUAAAUUCAAGCUUCAGUGCAACAUGUGCCAACAAAUUGUAACAAUCGAUUCGGAAAAUGUCAGCGAUAUUACAGAGAAAAAAUAUUUGAACACAAACAUAGCGGCUACGACAGGUAUCGUGGCUACAGGCAUCGGUCAUUCCCAGUUUGAAGAACUGUUCUCUGCAAUGAACAUCCCCGUAUUUUCGGCACAUACAUAUGCGCAGUUACAAAAUGAAGUUUAUGAAAACUGGGAAAUUACCGCAGCUGAUUCCAUGCAAGCGGCUGUUGAUGAGGAAAAAGAAAUAGCCAUUUCUGAAGGUCACAUUAGAAAUGGAUAUCCAGUCAUCGACGUGUAUGCAGACGGAGCAUGGAGUGCACGGUCAUAUGGCACCAAUUUUAAAGCUCUUUCUGGUGCUGCGGCUAUUAUUGGUAGAAGGACUGGGCAAGUCUUAUUUAUAGGUGUCAAAAACAAAUAUUGUUUGAUAUGCAGCCGUGCUGAAAACAGAAAAAUCAGCCCGCCAGACCACAGGUGCUUUAAAAAUUUCGAAGGGUCUUCCAGCUCUAUGGAAGCAGAAAUCAUUGCAGAAGGUUUUAAAACAUCUGUUGCAAUGUACGGCGUUAUAUUUAAAAGAUUGAUAGCAGACGGUGACUCAUCGACAUAUGCCAAAAUUUUAAAGUCAAAUCCGUACAAGGAUCAAAACUUGACGGUUGAAAAAAUAGAGUGCCGCAAUCACAUUCUCCGUAAUUUUUGUAAGAAGAUGCAAAGUUUAGCUAAAGAUACCAAAUAUUUACUGGUACAUAGAAAAAGUUUAACAAACCAAAAAAUUAUGUCAAUGAGGAAAAAUAUCGUAAAAUCCAUAAAGUAUCAUCACCAUUCAAAUGGUUCUAAAAAUGAUGCCGUGGCCUUACUUCAUAAAGAUGUCAUUAAUUCAAUCGAACAUGCCUACGGUGACCAUAGAAUGUGCCACGACUACAACUGUGGCCAAGAAGGAAUUUUAAAUAAUGGUACUAGGUGUAUCCAAAAUUCUACGUUUUUAUUUCGGCUCAGAGCAAUCGUAUCGACUGUGGCUGGAAAGUCAAGAAGCUUAAUCGAAAACGUAGAUACCAACACAGUCGAACGAUUUAAUAAUGUCAUCGCAAAAUUUGUGGGAGGGAAAAGGAUAAAUUUCACUCAAAGGCGAGGCUAUCAGGCUAGGUGCUCAGCGGCAGUAGUCUCUUUUAAUAAAAAAAAUGCUAUAUCUGCUGUCCAAAAAAAAAUUCUAGGUAACAGUCCUAAAGGCAAAGUUGUGGAUAUUGAAAAAAGGAGAGCACUUAAGCGUAAGUCUAAUAUUGAACACCCCGUUAAAAAGCUGCGAAGACAGCCAUUUAGUAAGAACAUACAGCAUGAUUACGGUGAAACCAGUGCUGCACCAGACAUGCUUGAUACAGAAUUGGAGCGAGCCAAAAUUAAUUUUAUGGAAAAUUUGAAAAAUGUCACGGCUGACAGAGAACACAUUGAGAGAUCCACAAUACUGCAAAGAGAUUCAAGCGAAUGGCUAGAAAUAAGAAAAAAAAUUAUAACGGCUUCAAAUUUUGGUCCCAUCUGCAAACGCAAACCAACAAGAGACACGUCAGCCCUAGUAAAAAAUAUACUUUACAAAAAAAAUUUAAGUAAUGUGGUUUCAAUAGCUCACGGCAUUGAAAACGAAAAACAGGCACUCCAACAAAUUGAGCAACAAGAAAAUAUUAAAAUUGAUCCAUGUGGACUUUUUAUAGACCAAAAAUAUCCUUUUAUUGGAGCUACACCUGAUGGUCUUGUUGGACACGAUAAAGUAGUAGAAGUAAAGUGUUCAUUAAUUGCUGCAAAGGAAGGUUUGCAGAAAGCACUGGAAAAUAAUAAAAUCCAGCUUAUACGACAUAAUAAGAAAUCAAAAACAUUUACUAUAAAUAAAAAUAGUAACUGGUUUUACCAAAUUCAGGGGCAGUUGCAUGUGACGGGACGUGAUGUGUGCAUAUUUGGCUUAUGGGUUUCACAAGCCGAACCAGUAUAUAUUAAAUAUAUUGAAAAAGAUGACCAGUUCUGGAGUGAAAAAAUGGAACCAAAAUUAACACAAUUUUAUUUGAAGAGCCUACUUAUUGAGUUGGUUGAUCCAAGGCAUGUACGUGGAAUGCCUAUUAGGAAUAUAUGUUUAGAGGAAAAAGAAAAUAUAGCGCCUCUAACCGCUUCAGCACCGAACUUGCAUUUAGAAGACAGUGACCAUAGUGACACUGUAAAUUUCAUUCAAUUUGACGACUUUUAAAUAUAAAAAAUGUAUCUAUUUUUUAAUAUAUAAUCAUACCAUAGUAAUUAUCAUUGUAAAAUUAAUAAAUAAAAAAAUUGUAUUGCAUCAAA